GUGCAGAGGAGGAAUGGGCGGCAGAGGCUGAGGACCUGGAAAGAUGGCUCCCUCUCCCACCAAACGUAAAGAUAGAACUGAUGAGAAGUCAAAGGACCGGUCUAAAGAUAAAGGGGCCACCAAAGAGUCGAGUGAAAAGUACCGUGUUAGAGACAAAGCACGUAAGAAACGCAGUGCCCUCAGUGGUAGCAGUACUUCCAGGUUUCGAUCCAGUUCCACCUCUAGCUCUGGUUCUAGUAUCAGCACUGGCUUUAGCAGUGGGUCCAGCUCUUCUUCCGCAUCAAGCCAUUCAGGAAGCUCUAGCACCUCCCGUAGUUCCAGCUCUAGCAGUUCCUCUGGGUCUCCAAGUCCCUCUCGACGAAGACAUGACAAUAGGAGACGGUCCCGCUCCAAAUCAAAACCACCUAAAAGAGAUGAAAAGGAACAAAAGAGACGAAGUCCUUUACCAAAACCCACCAAAGCACACAUUGGAAGGCUCACUAAGAAUGUGACAAAGGAUCACAUCAUGGAAAUAUUUUCCACUUAUGGGAAAAUUAAAAUGAUUGAUAUGCCUGCAGAAAGGAUGCACCCUCACCUAUCCAAAGGCUAUGCAUAUGUGGAGUUUGAGAAUCCAGAUGAGGCUGAAAAGGCAUUGAAACACGUGGAUGGAGGACAGAUCGAUGGUCAGGAGAUAACAGCCACUGCAGUGUUGGCUCCUUGGCCCAGGCCCCCACCCAGAAGAUUUAGCCCACCUAGAAGGAUGUUGCCACCUCCACCAAUGUGGCGUAGAUCGCCACCACUCAUGAGAAGGUCCCGCUCUCCUAGACUUAGAUCUCCUAUCCGCCGACGCCACCGCAGCCCAUCUAGCUCUAAUUCUUCCCAAUAA